AUGACCGGCGUGAAAAUCAUCAUCAUCGGCGGAGGCAUAGCAGGCCUAUCCGCUUACCUGCACCUCCGCAAACACUACGAUCUCAGGGAACAUGAACUGCCCACAGUCACGGUAUACGAAUCACAUAAGCCUCGUUCAGCAGCUUCGGAUACUUCUUUACCAGAUCAAACCAAUCAUCCGAAUCAGUCAGUCAGCCUCGAAGCAUUGUCCGAGUCGACAGCUAUCGUAGGUGGUGGGCUCGGCAUCUCGCCCAAUGGCAUGCGUGUCCUGCGUGACUUGAGCCCCGAUCUGCACGACAGAGUCGUCGCUCAAGGCUUCGCAGCAGACAACUUCGUGUUUCAAGGUGCGAACGGGUGGACGUUGGGCAUGCAUAGUACGAGCGACAGAGCAGUAAGAGGAAAGGGCGAUGCUGAAGAAGUAUGCAUUGCAAGUUCGCGACACGGACUUUGGUCCACGCUGAGACAGUACGUGACCGAGAUGUAUGGAGAGGAUGUGAUCAAGCAUAGGAAGGUUACGCAAAUUGUCAGAGAUGAUGGCAAGACGAGACAGAAGCUGCAAGUGCAUGUGCUGAACGAAUGGGGGCAGGAGGAGGUAGAUCAUGCCGACCUCGUAAUUGGUGCGGACGGCGUCAAAAGCGUGGUCCGGAAGGCGCUCUUCGGCGAUGACGAGACGUACAGUCCAAUAUACAGCGGGCAAUCCGGGGUCGGAGGCUUCCACAACGCCACAAUCCCCUCAUCUAUCGUUGACAAAAAAGCGAUGAUGUUUACAUUCGGCGGCAAUGGCUUCUUUGGCUACUCUUCGGGCGCGCCCGUUGCCAAGAAGCAGCUCAUGUGGUGGUCGACAUUCGAGACCUCAUCCCUACCUGACACGAAGGACGUCGACCCUCGAACCAUCAAAGACGCUCUUUUCGAACGCCACAAGCACUGGAACGACCCGAUCAUCCAAGACCUGAUCAGAAACGCGGACGUCGAGUCCAUAUACCCGACCUGGAUCAUGCCAGAGCUCCCACACUGGGGCAAGCUCGGCAUGGUGUUGAUAGGCGAUGCGGCGCAUGCCAUGGAUCCAACAACCGGCCAGGGCGCCAGCCAAGCGUUGGAGGACUCGCAGGCCCUGGCACUGUCGCUGGCCGAGAUUUUCGAUUGCGAACGAUACGGCCAGUGUAAGCCCACCUUGGGGAUCGACGAGGCGAUCGACCUGUUCUACAAGAUCCGCUUCCCAAGGGUUCAGAAGAUCGUCGAGCGCGGUAAGCAGCUCGCUGGACGCAAGGCCAGUGUGGGUGUUGUCGCCGAGUACACGAUGUACUGUUUCUUGUGGUUGCUGAUGAAGUUGCCCUUUCUUCGUAAACUGAUGGUUGGCGAUACAGAUCGAGAGUCGUACUGCUGGUCAGCUCAGCAGCAGAUACAGCAGGCGAUGAAGAGCGAACUGAACGAGUUUUCACCCUUGCUUGCAUUUCUACCUGAGAGAUCUUCUCGGUAA